UUGGACGAGCCGAGGGGAGGAGCCAGCCACUGGGAGAGGAGAGAUGUUGGCGCAGGGCGGGCAGGUGGCCCUGGCUGUUGUCUCAUCACUGCUGCUGCUAUUGCAACAGGCCACAUCCAUCGAAGUACCACAAGACCCCAAGAUUCUUCAAGACCUGAAACAGCCUCCCACCAUCAUAAAGCAGUCGCCUAAGGACUUCAUUGUGGAUCCCAGAGACAACAUCAUCAUCGAGUGUGAAGCCAAGGGCAACCCCCAGCCCAGGUUCACAUGGCGACGGAAAGGGAAGUUCCUGAACACAGGGAAGGACCCCCGGGUGAACAUGAGGAAGCGCUCGGGAACACUGGAGAUCAACUUCAGGAGCGGCGGGCGCCCCGAGGACUAUGAGGGGGAGUACCAAUGCCUCGCCUCCAACGACCUGGGGGUGGCCGUGAGCAACAAGAUCCUGCUGAGGGUCUCCAAGGCCCCCCUGUGGCCCAAGGAGCUUCUGGAGCCGGUGUUGGUGUCUGAGGGCCAUUCCCUGGUGCUGGCCUGCAACCCCCCCCCAGGCCUGCCCCCCCCCUACACCUUCUGGAUGAACAGCGCCAUGAUCCCCAUCCCCCAGGACAGGCGUGUGUCCAUGGGUCUGAACGGAGACUUGUACUUCUCCAACGUUCUGGCCAAGGACGCCCACACCGACUACAGCUGCAACGCCCGCUUCCUGUUCACACACACCAUCCAGCAGAAGAACCCCUUCUCCCUCAAAGUCCAGAGUGCGGAGCCGUAUAAUGACACUUCCUCUUACAACUCCUCUGACCCGUAUGGUGGCCGUAGGAUCCCAGAGUCCAUGCCCACCUUCCUGUCUCCGUCUGGGAGCGAGAGCUCCAAGAUGGUGCUGAGAGGACAGCAGCUCCUGUUGGAGUGCAUCGCAGCUGGACUCCCCACCCCCAGCAUCAAGUGGUUCAAGAAGGGCGGCGACCUGCCCGCCCAGAAGGUCAAGUUCGAGAACCACAACAAGACACUGAAGAUCGUCAGCGUGUCGGAGGAGGACGCUGGCGAGUACGUGUGUCUGGCCAACAACCACGUGGGAGGCAUCCGCCACAACAUCCACGUGCAGGUCAAAGGGGCCCCCUACUGGCUGGACAAGCCCACCAACCUGGUGCUGGCGCCGGACGAGAACGGGCGGCUAGUCUGCCGGGCCAGCGGGAACCCCCGGCCGCAAGUCCAGUGGCUGGUGAACGGGGAGCCGGUGGAGAGCUCCUUGCCUAACCCCAGCCGUGAGAUGAUGGGGGACACCAUCAUCUUCCGCUCGGUGCAGAUCGGCAGCAGUGCUGUGUACCAGUGCAACGCCUCCAACCAGCACGGCUACCUGCUGGCCAAUGCCUUCGUCAGCGUCCUGGACAUGGCCCCCAGGAUACUGGGUCCCAAGAGCCAGCUGAUCAAAGUCAUCGAGAACAACCGCACCUUCCUGGACUGUCCCUUCUUUGGCUCGCCUCUGCCUGAUCUGCGCUGGUUUAAGAACGGCCAGGGCAGCGGGCUGGACGGGGGCCACUACCGGGUGUACAUCAACGGCACCCUGGAGAUCAAGCGGGCGCGGACGGAGGACGAGGGCACGUACACCUGCGUGGCCAGCAACAUCAUGGGCACCGUGGAGAACCAGGUCAUCCUGGAGGUCAAAGAACCAACGCGCAUCGUGCGGGGGCUGGAGCACCAGUCGGCCUUCAGGGGCUCCACGGCGCGCUUCGACUGCAAGGUCAAGUCCGACCCCAGCCUGCCCGUCACCGUGUCCUGGCUGAAGGACGACAGCCCCCUGUCCCUGGGGUGGAGGCUGAGGAGAGACGAGGAGUCUCUGUCCAUCCCCAACGUCAACGAGGGCGACCAGGGUGUGUACACGUGCACGGCCCAGUCGGAGAUCGACCAGGACGUGUCGUCCGCCCGCCUCACCGUGCUAGAGGAAGUCUCCUUCAACCCCUCAGUAUCUAGCGCCUUGCCCCCAGACCGCCCGGACCCUCCGAUGGACCUGGACCUGUCCGACCUGGCGGUCCGUAGCGUUCGUCUCACCUGGAUCCCUGGAAACGACCACAACAGUGUCAUCACCCAGUUCCUGGUCCAGUAUGAGGAGGAUCGCUGGGAGCCCGGCUCUUGGCAGAAUCUGACCAGCUACCCCGGGGACCUGAACUCGGUCAUCCUGCAGCUCUCCCCCUUCAUCAACUACCAGUUCCGGGUCAUCGCCAUCAACUCAGUGGGGCAGAGCGCGCCCAGCCACCCCUCGCCCCGCUACAAGACCAGCGGCGCGUCACCCGACGUCAUCCCCAGCGGCCUGCAGGGGUGGGGCACCAAGAAGAACAACAUGGAGAUCAGCUGGGAGCCCCUGCUCAACGUGGAAAGGAACGGCCCCAACCUGCACUACCAGCUGUGGUGGAGGAGGAAGGACACGGGCGAGGCCUGGAGCAACGUGACCACGACGGGCUCCAAGCACGUGGUGCACGACACCGAUACCUACGUCCCCUACGAGAUCAGGAUCCAGGCACUGAACGACCACGGCGCCGGACCCACCUCCAACGUCGCCACAGGAUACUCCGGGGAGGACAAGCCCACCGACGCCCCCACCAACCUGCGCGUGUCAAACGUGGACAGCACCUCGGUCACCAUCCACUGGAACCCGGUGGACCCCAGCUCGGUCAUGGGGGAGUUCAAGGAGUAUAGGCUGUACUACUGGCGCGAGGCCAGUCUGCUGAAGGGGCUGCGCGUGUCCCAGGAGAAGAUGACCAGGGGCUUCUACAGCAUCGCCCAGCGGCCCAGUGCCGUGCUGGGAGGGCUGGUGCCCUUCUCCCACUACAGGAUGCUGAUGGUGGUGGCCAACAGGGGCCACGAGGGCCCCCCCAGCAACACCGUGGAGGUUCGCACCAAGGAGGGAGUGCCGGACGCCCCAAAGUACUUUGAGAUAGUCAAGAGGGCCUUAGACACCAUCCACCUGCAGUGGGACAAGCCCCUGGAGCCAAACGGCGUCCUGAUUGGCUACCAACUCAAGUACCAUACAGUGAACGGCUCCAAGCUAGGGCCGUAUCGCCUGGAGACCUUCCCCCCCAACAUCACGCAGUACACCAUGCGUCUGCCCGACCGCGCCAUGCGCUACAAGUUCUUCCUGUCCGCCCUCACCCAGGUGGGUGCCGGGGAGGCCUUCACUGGGGAGUUCCCCCGCUCGGCCAACGAGGUCGAGCUAACCGACGACGGCGACUCUACCUCUGUCCCUCCUACUCCUCCUCCCCUCCCUCCGACCACCGUUGCUCCGACCACCAUAAGUACCACAACCUCUACUACUGCUACUACUACGACCCCCUCCACCACCACCACCACCGCCGCUACUACAACCACCACCGAGGCUCCCGCCACCACCCCUCUGCUGGUCGCCACCAAGCGGCCCGAUCAGAACGUUUUGGUGGCCCCGGGUCGGGAGAUCUGGAACCUGACGGUGAAGCCUAACAGUAACUACGCUAACGUCAACUGGACCCACAACUUCCCGCCCGGCACCACCGAGUUUGUCAUUGAGUUCACGCUGGACAGCAACGGAACAGUAAGGACUGUGCCUGUCAAACAGCAGCCCCCCAUUAAGGUGGGCGACCUGAUCGAGGGGGCCAAGUACCGUCUGCGGGUGUACUCCCACGAACACCACGAUAUCAGCAGCCAGUCGUUCACCUUUGAGACCGGCACAGCCUACAGUAAGGAUCAGGUGGACAUCGCCACUCAGGGCUGGUUCAUCGGGCUGAUGUGCGCCAUCGCCCUCAUCAUCCUCAUCCUCCUCAUCGUCUGCUUCAUCAAGAGGAGUCGAGGUGGGAAGUAUCCAGGUGGCGAGUGCCUCGCUGGUUGCUCAAAGGUUUUCGUGCGAGAUAAAAAGGACCUAGCCUUGGACCCGGUUGACCAGAAAGAGGACGGCUCUUUUGAUUACCAGAACGAAAACGAAAACGAAAAUGAGAACGAAAACGAGAACAGUAGUGACGAGGACAACAAGCCGCUGCAGGGCAGCCAGGCAUCCCUGGACGGCCCGCCGAAGGAGAGUGACGACAGCCUGGUGGACUACGGCGAGGGCGGAGACGGGCAGUUCAACGAGGACGGUUCCUUCAUCGGCCAGUACACCGUCAAGAAAGACUCCAAGGACGAGACGGAGGGCAACGAGAGCUCCGAGGCCACCUCGCCCGUCAACGCCAUCUACUCCCUGGCGUAG